AUGAGUGAAUCAAACUCCACUCUCUUUUAUGCUGGAAUUACAUUGGCAUCUGGAUUGAUCACAGAUUUUCUUAUAAAUCGAUUAAAUAAGAAGGAGGUAAUAGAAGAUCCAAAACCUCUAAGAAGCCUAACACUCAGAAAAAGAUCAUUUAUCAACUCAAAACAGGCCCCAGUUCCAGAAUCACUCUUAAACUCUGAGAAUCCAUUGCUUGAUGAAAUCAAAUUCUUAAACAGUGCAACUUGUGAUAUCGAGAGAGUCAAUCAUCUUUCACUUGGAUUAGAUGAUGAAUUUCCAAAUAUUAAAUCACCAUUAUUGGGAGAAGGCAAUUUGAGAUCAGUCUUUGGAGGAGGUGGAUUUUUACCAGAUGACGCCUUUGUAUAUUGUGGAUCUUAUGUAAUUAACACAGCUGUAUUUGGUCCUGGUAAAAGAAUUGAGCAGACAAAGAAAUGGUUGAGGGCAGGACCACGUAAAUCAUUAUUUUUCGAUCCAAAAACAGUGAAAGCUGCAAUAGUGACAUGUGGAGGAUUAUGUCCAGGAUUGAAUGUGGUAAUUAGAGAAUUAUUUAUGUCCUUACAUUACAACUAUGGAGUUUAAGAUAUCUAUGGAAUAAAGUAUGGAUACAAAGGAUUUUAUUCUUAUGAUUGGAUUAAAUUUGAUGCAAACUAUGUUAAAAACAUUCAUAAUUUGGGAGGAACUAUUUUAGGUUCAUCAAGAGGUGGAUUUGAUUUAAACAAGAUUGUAGAGGCUAUUGUUAAUCAUGGAAUUAAUCAAGUGUUCUGUUUAGGAGGAGAUGGUACUCAUGGAGGAGUGUUGGAAUUGUUUAAGGAAUUAAGAAAGAGAAAGCUUAAGAUAUCAAUUGUGGGUAUUCCUAAAACUAUAGAUAAUGACAUUGCUAUAAUAGAUGAAUCUUUUGGUUUUGAGACAGCUGUUGAAGAAGCAAUAAAUGCAAUUAGAUCAGCAUAUAAAAUGGUGUUGGAUUGGUCAGACUAAUGGGUAGAAAUGCUGGAUUCAUUGCUAUGUCUGCUUGCAACAAAUGCUUCUAGAGAUGCUCAUGUUUGUUUGAUCCCAGAAUUCAGAUUUGAAUUGUAUGGAGAGAGAGGUCUUUUGGAGUACUGUUACUAGAGACUCAAGAAGAAGGGCACUUUGGUUCUUGUCAUUGCUGAAGGAGCAGGAGAUGCUAUGUUGGAUUAUAAAGUUAAUGUGGUUGAGACUGAUGCAUCAGGUAACAAAAAAUCUUAGGAUGUUGGUGUAAUUGUGAAAGAUGAACUUACUAAAUAUUGCAAAAACAAAGCAAUGAGUAUCACUCUUAAGCAUAUCGAUCCUACUUACAUGAUCAGAACAGUCCCUGCUAAUCCUCAUGAUAAGAUUAUGUGCACUUAAUUGGCUCAAAACGCUGUUCAUGGUGCUAUGGCUGGUUUUUCAGGGUUCACUGUUGGUCAUGUCAAUAACAGAUUAGCUUACAUUCCCAUUGAAGAGUUACUCUCAGGAAAAUAUUCCAAUAGAGUUGUUGCUGACAGCAGAGAGUGGUAGAGACUGUUAGCCAGUACUGGUUAGCCAUCAUUCUUGAAUAAUGAGGAAUAGAUGAUCUAAUAAAAAUAAUAAUAAAUUUGAGAAUAUUAAUAAAGCAUAUCUAUUAAAAACACAAUUUAUAACA